AUGGGCACCAAGAACAACGUGACCGAGUUUGUUUUAUUUGGCCUUUUCCAGAGCAAGGAGAUGCAGCAUGCCUGCUUCGUAGUAUUCUCGCUCUUCCAUGUGUUGACGGUGUUCGGGAAUCUUCUCGUCAUUGUCACCAUCAAUGCCAGCAAGACCCUGAAAGCUCCCAUGUAUUUCUUUCUCAGCCACCUAUCUUUUGCUGAUAUGUGCUAUCCCUCUGCUACCACACCCAAGAUGAUUGCAGACACUUUCGUGGAGCGCAAGACCAUCUCCUUCAAUGGCUGUAUGACCCAGCUCUUUUCAGCCCACUUCUUUGGUGGUACUGAGAUCUUUCUCCUCACAGCCAUGGCUUACGACCGUUACGUGGCCAUUUGUAGACCGUUGCACUACACAACCAUCAUGGAUCGAAGGAAGUGUAGUCUACUGGCUGGAGCCUCUUGGGUGGCUGGCUUCUUGCAUUCCAUCCUGCAGACCCUCCUCACAGUCCAGCUGCCGUUUUGUGGACCCAAUGAGAUUGACAACUUCUUCUGUGACGUUCAUCCCCUACUGAAGCUUGCCUGUGCAGACACUUACAUGGUGGGGCUCAUUGUGGUGGCCAACAGUGGCAUGAUCUCCUUGGUCUCUUUCCUCAUUCUCAUCAUCUCCUACGUGGUUAUUUUACUGAACCUGAAAAGCCGGUCAUCUGAGGGCCGACGUAAGGCUCUGUCCACUUGUGGUUCCCAUAUCAUCACUGUUCUUUUGGUUCUUGUGCCCCCUAUGUUCAUGUACAUUCGUCCCUCCACUACCUUGGCUGCUGACAAACUUGUCAUUCUCUUCAACAUCGUGAUGUCACCUUUAUUGAACCCUUUGAUCUAUACAUUGAGAAACAAUGAGGUGAAAAAUGCCAUGAGGAAGUUGUUUAGGGUCAAGGAGCACUCAGAGAAAAAGUGA